CAGCAGCCCGGAGAGAGAAAGCGGCUGCGCUCCCUUCUCGUACGCAUCAGGGUGAGGGGACGCAAAAAUAUGGAAGUUAUCAGAGACAGAGUUGUAGUUUUAUAGUGGUUUUUCUUCUUCUUGUGUUUUUUACUGUCUAAGGUUUAGGGCAUCACGGGUUCGGAAAACGCAUAUAUCUUUAUUUGCAUAGUCGAAAAUGCCUGACUUUCGGUGUUGGAUUAACGCAAUCUGGAUUUUGCUUUUUGCUUUUUUUGACUUGUCCUUUGCAAACUAUUCCGAAGAUCAGUGCAGCUGGAGAGGAAGUGGUUUAUCCCAGCAACAGGGCAGUGUGGAGCAGAUUUCCCUCCACUGCUCCGAGGGCACCCUGGACUGGCUGUAUCCCAAAGGAGCCCUGCGCCUCACCCUCUCCCCUCGCCUGCCCUCUGUGGCAGUAGGCCCUGGUGGCAGCAGCUCAGGCCUCAUCACAGCCUGCGUCAAGCCUUCUGAGCAGUUCCACGGUGCCCAGCUGUACUUAGAGAGAGACGGGGUCCUCGAGCUCCUAGUAGGGGACAGACUGGAGUCAUCUCCCCCUCCCAGGGUACGCUGCUUCAGCCGCCUACCUGGGGAGAGGGUGGCCCUCUUCCUGCAGGCUACACCUCAUCAGGACAUCAGCAGGAGGAUUGCCUCCUUUCGCUAUGAGCUGAGAGGAGACUGGACAGCUCGCAUGUCUCUGGACUCAAACUCCAUUAGCAGUGAAGAUGCCUGCAGGCCCUGCAACAACACAGAGAUCCUGAUGGCCGUUUGCACCAGUGACUUUGUGGUGAGAGGUAACAUCCGGUCAGUGGAGGAAGAUGAGAAUUUACGGGCAGCUGUGAUCAAGGUCAGCGCCACCCGUGUGUUUCGUCAGAAGUACGCCCUUUUCACUGGCAACAGUCGCUUAGGAAGCCAGGGCGAGAUCCGGACUCUUCUUCAGUGUGGCGUCAAACCGGGACCUGGGAGCUUCCUUUUCACUGGCCGAGUCCACUUUGGUGAAGCCUGGCUUGGUUGUGCUCCCCGUUACAAGGACUUCAAGAGGACUUACAUUCUGGCUAAAGCAGCCCAGCAGAUACCCUGUGAACUCCCAGUAGACUGAGAAACUCUGCAGCAGCUUGUCUAGCAUGCAGUCUGAGUGGUGCUAAAAAGCCCAGUUCAGGAAGAGGCCACAACAUGCGAACGAUGGCCGCUGUAGCCACAGAACCACCGAACAAUACGGUCUUCCCAAAGGACUGAGGAGUGAAAUGGACUUAUUCCAACUGCCAUUUCAGCUUCAAAAACACGGUGGAGUCAUGACUCGAGGGACAUGGUUGAAAUGAUUUGGCAUUGGCCAGUUUUACAAACAAUGAGGCAGCAAAGCUGAUCAAAGUAAAUUUACUGAAAAGCUUUCGAUUUGUGAUAAUUCAGUCAAGCCAUUAAAAUCAGGUGUACUGACAGUCAUUGCUUAGAAACUCAGGAAAACAAGUUUCAUUGACUAUUACCUAAUUUCCUAUUUAGGAUUCACUUCAGGCAGGUGUGUCUGUGGUCAAACAUUUUUUUACCAGUGUUUUUGUUCAGAUGGCAAGUGAGAAAGGGGUGGGCAUGCUCAGCUGGCUUCCCCUGGGUUGGGGUUGUCUUCAGUGUUACUGUUAUCAAGAUUAUGUUAAGUCCUCAUUAAAGGAAACAUUAAAAACUUUUUGCACUCAAGAAGGAAAGGGAAUGAUCUGGAAAUUGGGAUGCUGCAAGCACUGAAAACCAAAUAAAAAGCAACUAUAUGUAGCAUAGUGGAACAACUGAGAAUUUAAUAUAUGUACAGAUCUUACAAGCACAUACAGUACAGCUUAGGCUACCAGAGCAGCUCAAAAUAGUGCUGAGAGCACUUUCAUCUUCUAGCCAGUCUGAGAUUUUGUUUCUUUGAAGGAGACAGGCUUUGAGAGGUAUUGUAUUAAACGGGGGAAUAGUUUCAUGUUUAAUUUCUGUAGCAUGCAAUCUUUUUUGCAAAACUAAUUGGACUGUUAUGACUUUAAAAGAGAUUUUAAAAAUUUGCUGGUGAUUAGUUGAGUUUGGCCAAAGCUGUUACGAAUCUGCUUGUUUUGAAGUAAUUUUCCAUUUUCAGUUAUAAAUUACUGAAGAAAUGUACAUGGUAAGAUUAAGCUGUAUAUAAUAAACAGUGUUCAUAAAAUUUAAGACAACAGCCAUUCGUUACUUAAGACCAGUUGGAUUAUAUGAUAUAAA